AGGUUGAGAUUGCAAAGUGCGCGUGCGCCGAUCCACACUUACGGUCCAAUUGGGGCCUGCGAAGCGGCGGCCUCCGUCUGAACGGGGAGGGGAUCCGUGCUGCUCUGUCUCUCCCUCUCUACCCUACACACUGAUCCGAUGGAAGGGGGCAAUCGCCAUGGCGCCCGGCUGUGACCAUGGAGGCUGCAGGGAGUCUGGGACCCGGGGAGCCACAGCCUCCCGGCACUGCUGAAGGAGCGGCGCCGAUGAACAGGAGCGGGGGGGAAACGGGCUCCGAGGCGAAGAGUGUGGGAUUUGUGCUUGUGCAUGCAGGGGCAGGCUAUCAUUCUGAGUCGAAAGCCAAGGAGUAUAAACAAGUGUGUAAGAAAGCCUGCCAAAAGGCAAUAGAGAAGCUUCAAGCUGGAGUUCUAGCUGUUGAUGUAGUUACAGCAGCUCUUAUUGAGCUUGAGGACUCUCCUUUCACCAAUGCAGGCAUGGGAUCCAAUCUCAAUCUAUCAGGGGAUAUAGAAUGUGACGCCAGUACAAUGGAUGGAAAGUCCUUGAAUUUUGGGGCUGUUGGAGCACUCAGGGUAGAGAGCAGCGGGAGCUGGGUGGACGUGAGGUCGGAACAGAGAGGCUGUUGGGAAGGGAUCAAGAAUCCAAUCUUAGUUGCAAAUAAACUGUUAAGUGAAGCACAGAAGGGGAAGCUCUCUGCUGGCAGAAUUCCUCCCUGUUUUUUAGUUGGAGAAGGGGCUUACAAAUGGGCAGUGGAUCAUGGAAUUGUACCGUAUCCUCCUGACAUGAUGGCAACAAAGUUCAGCUUAUCUGCAUUUAGGAAAAACAGACGAAAGCUGGAGCUUGCAGAGAAGGUGGAAACAGAAAUGAUUCAGACAAAGAAGAGAAGAGAAGUGUCUGAAAACACUAAUGACACAGCUUCACUAGAUACUGUUGGGGCAGUAGUUGUGGAUCAUGAAGGAAAUGUUGCUGCUGCUGUUUCCAGUGGUGGGUUGGCAAUGAAGCAUCCUGGGAGAGUUGGUCAAGCAGCUGUGUAUGGCUGUGGGUGCUGGGCAGAGAAUACAAGUGGUCCUAAUGUGUAUUCUACAGCUGUGAGUACAUCAGGUUGUGGAGAGCACCUUGUGCGAACUAUGUUGGCUCGGGAAUGUUCGGUGGCUCUACAAGCAGAAGAUGCCCACCAGGCAUUGCUGGAAACUAUGCAAAAAAAGUUUAUUCGUUCACCAUUCCUUGCCCAUGAAGACUCUGUCUUAGGAGGAGUCAUUGUUCUUCGCUGCUGCAAAUGCUCAUUAGAAUCUGAAUCAGCAAUAAACACUCAACCUCUCCUAGUUGAGUUUUUAUGGAGUCAUACCACUGAGAGUAUGUGUGUUGGGUAUAUGUCAACUCAAGAUGGCAAAGCAAAGACACACAUUUCAAGGCUUCCACCAGGAGCUGUGGCUGGGCAAUCAUUAGCAAUAGAAGGGGGUGUUUGCCGGCUUCGCAGUCCUAUGACCUGAGCACGCAUGAUGACUUAAUGGCACCACACUGCAGUCUCAGAUGGACUAUCCAGCUAUAGUGUAUUUUGUAUAUUUUAAUUAUGUAAAUGAUAUUUGAGAGUUUUAUCUUUUUUGAUACAGUAAUUGCACUUUGUACUUUACGUAUCCUGAUUGUGCUGAUAAGUGCUGCUUUAUUCUGACCAUAUCAUCUCUGCUUAAAUUGAAGAUGAAAAGAAAUGCCUGAUACAGAGUGUCGCUAACAUACUAAUGUGAAAGAGCCCUUCUCUGCAGUUUACUUGAAUUUCACUUAAAACAUUGCAUUCCACAUUUGCCACCUGAAAGAUUCCGAUAUAUCUCUCCACUGUAUUUAGUAGUUAUUAUGGUGUCUAACUUUGAUAAUAUUGGUUUCACUUCAUAACGUAACUAUUUAUUUAGUCAUUAAUCACAUGUACCUACCUUGGGGCAGUUAGUCAAUCUGAGGUUUAUUUGCAAAGAAAGCAUUUACAAGGGGAAUUAUAACAGAUGUGAUUGUAAGACAGAUCUUUAAAUGCUAAAUUUAAUGUAAACUGUUGACUGUGUACUAUUGGUACUAUCAUGCAGGACAUGAUCCUGAACUCAGCAGUUUUGGUUGAAAAAUAGUGGCAUGUAAUGUAGGUGGAAAAUUAUAUACUAAAGAUUUAAAUAGUAAAACUACACAUUUAACAGGACUCUGUGCAAUGGGUGUAGGUCCUCAAUGUUCUUUAUUUUUGUUUUAAAUUGCAUACAAUUAACUGUCAUUGGUAUACACUGAAAUCAAAUUGACUGCAUCAUGAUAUCCUGUCCGAGUAUGUCUUCCAUGUUUGUUUAGUUAGAUCGUUCAAAGGCUGGUGUGUACAGACACUUGUUUCUGCUGCUUUUGCAUAUGGACAUCUUUUGAAUGGAACCACCUGAUGUGCUGGAUCUGUGUAGUGCACAAUGCCACUUCAUCUCUCAGAAUCCAUCCUGUGUACUUUAGCAGAUGCUGCUGUGCUCUACAGUUGAGCUUCUUCAUAACAGAUCGACAAAUUAUGUCUCCUUUUCAGAACUGUUUUUCUGUUAUUUUGAACGAUCCUGCUGUAAGCAGUAGAAAAGCUGAGAACCAUUUUUAAUGAGUUAAGAGUUUAGCCUGUUGAGGUUUGACUGUACUUGUGUAUUAAACCUAAGGUAGCCGUUAUUUGUGUAUUCAGGACAAUCGUGGUGGCGAGUGAGUUAAAAUGUAUAAUGCUAAAUAAAUUAUACAUCUUUGGAAAAUUAAAUUACAAUAUUUAA